AUGGAUGCAAGACAGAAAAAACAGAGGGAAUGGGAGAAGGAAGUGUUGCCUCCUGUGGCCCGCGGCGAGGUGGCCUCCCAUGCGCCCGUCUCGUGCCUGAUGGUAUCUCCGAAGCGUGUCUCUUGUCAGUGCAAGAACUCUCUUACUAACAGCCCUUCAUUCUUCGUCCUCUUGUUCGCCAGCCCUCAUCUGUUUCUGUAUCAGCACAAGCCAAGCCAAAAAGAGAAGACGAUGGCUAGUCCCGGCAAGACCUUCCUCCUCGUCGUGCUCCUCACUGCCGCGACAAUGAUGGAGAAAGCCGAAUGCGGUUGCUUCGACGACUUGAGCCGCUGCACGGGAUGGACGACCGCGGCGUCCGGCGUCCUUUGGCAGAGCUGUCACGAUCACUGCCGGAGUCAGGGCCGGAACGGUGGGGAGUGCGUGCAGGUGGACAACACCUGCUGGUUUUUGCCAGCCUCUGUCAAAGUUAGGCAAUGCCAGUGCAACUGACAAAGCGGCCUCCAAGUCUCUUCUGCUGUGAAUUUCUGUCGGUCGUUAUAAAUAAAAAUCUCGUUUUAAGAUACUAGA